UUCGAGAUGAGGUCUUCACUCCCGAUUUAUAUACUCCUGCUUGGCCUGGCGUUAGGAACCACUAAAGCUGAUGAUAAUCCUUGCCAGGAUGUGGGCCUGGCCGGCUUCGUUUGCCUGAACUGCACCACCUUGGGCUACUGCAUUCGCGAUGGCACUGGAAAAUGGGAAACGAAAUCGAUGUUGGACUGCCAGUCGGAGCACAAUUUCUUCUGCAGCGACGAGGGAACCUUCGGAUGUACUUGGCAAUCGCAGUGCAAGGUGCCGAAAAGAGGUCCUUUCCACUGCCAGCAGGAGGGUUCGUUCCCGGAUCCCUACGACUGCAGGAGGUAUCACAAGUGCAGCGAUCAGAGUGUGGACAGUCCCCACAUCUGCUCCAAUGGAGCUGGUUACUCCACUCUCACGGACUCCUGCGUCCUUCCCCGGGAAAGUGAGCAGUGCACGGAGGAGCAGUUCAGCUGCAGUCGAUCCGGACAAGUCGGUGGUUGGACGGCGGACAAUCGGUACUUCUAUGUCUGCAUCGAUGACACCGAGAGUUCCCUGUAUCCAGUGAUGAUGAAAUGCCGAGAGGGCUACGUUUUCAACGGCUACAGUUGUGUUCCUGAAAGUGCUUUAAAGAAUCUGGAUGGGAGCUUACAGGAAGAAGAGUCCAGCAAAUGCGUGGAUAAGACUAGAUACGAAUGUCCUUUCCGAACUUCCGAGAUUCAGUACUGCAAAUGCGUCGAUGGGGAACAGCAGGUGAUAACCUGCCCCUCUGGCUUCCAUUUCGAUACCAGGAUCAUGACCUGUGUUUCCGAAAGGAUCCAUCAGUGCAAGGACUUCGAGGUCCUUAACUGCCCCAAUGUCAUCGCCAAGAAUGAGUACUGCAUAUGCAUCGAACAACAAUUGCAGAUCUAUGAUUGUCCAAAGGGACACUACUUUAAUGCUGAGAAUUUGUUGUGUCAAGAAGAAUAAUGUGAAUAAUUGCAAUAG